AUGCCGACCAAGCCGGAUUUCUCAUAUGCCUGGCCGGUGGAAGUGCGGCCAGGCAUCGACCAUCCACCCACCCAUCCAGCACCCGUCGUCCACUCAUCCGAUCAUCCAAUCUCAAAAACCGCUGUUCAUCAAAUCUUCAACAAAAUGGAUUUGGUCGGAUCCGAUUAUCUCCAGGAGCCUCCUGAAACUCAAGAGUCAACUCUGGGACCGACACAACAAACCCCAUACAAGGGGUUAUUCUUUGAAGAGACUCCUGAAACUCGAUCUCAGGCCGUAGAUACUCCAGACCCGGACGAAGCAACUGCGAUUACUCAGACCGUUUACUGCUUUUACAUCAAUAACUACAACCCUCAAAUACCCAAGAAGCAACGUGCGGCCUCAAACUGCAAGAACAAAUGGAGCAAGAUUACGUCGAAUAAGUAUGCGCUACCGCACUUGAAGACCAAUCUGCUGACUCGAAAGUGGGAAGACCUUCAAGAACAGGUUCUGGACAUCAUUGGUCCAGACAAGAAGAAUCUCAGUGCCUACCUCCAGCAAGUCAAGGCAUGUUUAAUAUGGCAUUUAUACAUCUCCGGUAGCCACACCUUCCCCUUCAAGCGCAAAUAUUACUGUUCAUCGGAUGAACAACUGCAAGUUUUUGCUGACGAGGUCGCUUGUAAGCCUUUGCAGAAGGUUUUCAUACGAGUCAAAAUGGACAACCCGACAGCCCAGGAGAAAUUGGACUCUGCCAAGGAGAAGUCGGCCAAGCAGAAGGCCGAGAAGAUCCUUGCUAUUGCGGUUGGAUCUGAUACAGACCGCCUCCCACUGCAACGAGAGGAAGCUCGACAACAGCAGAAAAGUCAAUCCGAUGUGCUUGGUGACCCUGUUGCUCCAUUUGUGAUCCAGUUGCGUCAACAUCUGGAGAAGGAGUCGAAUUCACGGCCUUCUGAGGUCAUUUUUUGGCCCCACAAGGAGAUUCUUAAUCUCGCUAACCGCGCUGUCGACCUCAACACUCCCCCCAUUUGGUCUACUUGCAAAUGGGAGAAGCGACCCGGAAUCACCCAUUUGAAGCAUUGUGCCGCACCUUGUGAUUCCGGUCCCUCCAAGGCCAGCAGGCCAUCUGAACUAAGGUCUGGGAUGACCUCACUAGGCCCAAGCUGGUCUGGCAAGUCCCCAGGACUGCAGGACUGCAGGAAUUGGUGGCCUCAGGAUCGAGUUCGUCCAAUACUCCAGGCGCCCGAGAGCUUGUACCCUCCUUUGGAACCCAAAGAGUCCUCGAUUGUAAUGGAAAUGCCCGACGAUAUCGAAAUCGCAUCGGGCAAGUCAAGUGCUUCAAUAGAAUAUGUGAUUGAUAAUGAUUUCUCCGAAGAAACCAGCAGUUCAGGCAAUUAUGUAACAAAUUCGACAUCCUCGACACCUCACGAUCUGAACAUUCAUCAACAAAAAAUGGUCCAAGCCCAUCCAGUGACCCCAUUCGGGCGUUCAGCCGCAUGUCUGUUGAUCGAAUGGGACCAUCGCCUUCCCCAACUCGGAAGAUGUGAUCCCAUCAUUUGGGGCCCCUCCUCCCUGCUGGCAAGCAGUUGUCUUAAUGAUUUCCUUGUUCAUUGCAACAUCGAUAUCGAUGACGCCAUGUGCCAGACGUUAUUCAAAGGCCAUGACGUCAAGCAUUGGUCGUUCUUUCAAGGGAAGUCUGACGAGCAUCUCAUGUGA